AAUGUAAUAAUGUAGGCGGCCGCUCACAUAUUUUAUUUAGUUCCAUCCGAAACUCGCGGCAGUAUGCACGUGUGUCUGUGAUUUAAAAAAAAAGUGAAUUCUUUCUGGAGUUUUUUAUCUAUAACUACGUUUACGCGGGAACCGGAUUUUUAGACAUAAAACCAACACAUCACCAUGAAUAAGACUUGGCGAGCGGUAAUCCUGUACGUCCGCCUGAUUUUCGAUUUGGCAGUCGACGGUAUCUUCUCUCUCUUCUGGCAUCGUCGAAAUAGGACUAUCCCACCUUUGGACUUGAAAAAGCAUGCGGUAUUAACUGAGAGUGCCACUGCCCUGGCUAAGAAGAUAAGACAGAAGGAGCUGAAGUCAGAGGACCUGGUUAGGGCUGUUGUGGAGAGGAUUAAAGAGGUAAACCCAAUAAUAAACGCGAUAGCAGUAGGCCGGUAUGAUGCAGCGAUCGCCGAGGCUAAGGAGGUGGAUGCCCUUAUCGCCAACGGCCUGCCCGAUGCCGAGUUCGACAAGAAACCAUUAUUGGGAGUCCCGUUCACGACUAAGGAGAGUCAGGCAGUGGAAGGUAUGCCCUUCACCCUGGGUUUGAUGAGCCGUCGCCAUGUGCUGGCCACGGAAGACAGCGAGGCUAUUAAGAGGCUGAAGGAUGCUGGUGGUAUCGUGGUUGCUUGCACUAACCUCCCUGAACUGCUCGUUUGGCAAGAAACCCGCAACCCACUUUACGGUAUGACGAACAACCCGCACCACACUGGUAGAACUACUGGCGGGUCCAGUGGAGCUGAGGCUGCGUUAACAGCCUCCUGUGCUACCGUCGUCAGUUUAUGUUCGGAUAUCGGCGGGUCUACUCGUAUGCCAGCGUUCUACUGCGGCAUGUUUGGACAUCAUCCCACUCCUGGGACCACAGAUUGUAGAGGUGUGCUCUUCCGAAACGGCGAGGAAAAAGAUUCCUUGCUGGCUCUGGGCUUCAUAUCCAAACAUGUUGAAGACCUCGGACCUCUCACCAAGAUCAUUGCUGGGGAUAAGGCUCCCCUGCUCAAAUUGGACAGAGAAAUUAACUUCAAGGACAUCAAGUUCUAUUAUAUGGAGAAGAGUAAAGACCUUAGCGUUAGCAGCAUAAGAGCAGAUCUAAGAGGAGCUAUGAAGAGGGUCAUAACCCGCAUCAGCCAACAGACCAUGUCAACAGAGACUGCCCCGCAGCCCUACUACCACAAGGCCUUCAACCAUAUGUACAGCAUCUGGAAACACUGGAUGACCAAGGAGCCGGAAGACCUGGCCACCUUGUGCACCAAUAAUAAGGGAUCUGCUAAUGGGAUUGUUGAACUGCUGAAGAAGAUGGUUGGUUUGAGCCGACACUGCCUAUUCACCGUGGUGCGUCUGCUUGAACAUCAGUACCUUCCGAAGGUUGAUGCCGAGUGGGCUGAGAAGAUCACUAAGGAACUGAAAGAAGACUUAUUUUCUAAACUCGGUGACAACGGUGUGCUACUGAUGCCGAGCGGUCCUCAGCCGGCUCCGUACCACUACUCGUGCUUCCUGCGACCCUACAACUUCAGCUACUGGGCCAUCGUCAACACUCUCAAGUGCCCCGCUACUCAGGUGCCUCUCGGUGUAAACGCCCAAGGUUUGCCCCUGGGCAUCCAAGUGGUAGCAGCCCCUUACAACGACGCCCUCUGUCUCAAAGUGGCAGAGUACCUCAGCAAGGAGUUCGGAGGCGCCGUCGUAGCUUGCAAAUAUAAGUAGAAGAUGAAGAAUACUUGUGUUAUUUAAUUUUAUUCUUAAUGGUAUGCUUGGACGAAUGUGUGACGGUUAUUUUUUAAAUUUUUGUGUACUUAUUUGACGAAUAAAUAUUUUAGACUUUUUUA